CAAAAAAACAAAUUCAGUUCCUGAACAACCAGAAGUGGGGGCUCUACCAGCCCUGCCAAUAUCAGACUUGGAAAGUUUGGACACUAUGAUCUCGAACCUUCCUUUGAAGCUGCAUGAGGUGAAAAACAAAUUGCUGCCGGAGGAGAAUCAAUUGAUUUCCACCCUUGAAUCUUCACUCACUAACCUGACCAACUCCAUUGCCCAGCUCGUACCUGUGCAAGGUAUCGCCCCACUGUCAGCCACGACUAAAGGAAUUUUGCAGAAUGUAAUUAACCAAGUGCUGUUGCUAAUUACCGUAAUAAUGGAAUCACUUCAAGUUCGGGUCAACAAAGCGGUUCCGGAUGAAAAUACUGCGCUGGUUAGCAGCCUUCCGGCGCUAUUUGAUAUUUUAAGACAAAUUCUGGUUCCCCUGGCAACGAUGGAAGGGGUGAUUAAGGAUUUUACUAAUUAGGCAAAUCUUUUGUUCACCCCUUAACGCACUCUUAAAAAUAGUGUUACGGUAUUGAAAAGUAAGUGCAAUAGGUUAACUAUAUUGCAUCCAGAGUAUGUAAAUUAAAAGUUGUUCUUUAUCAAGUUAACGUUACCCUGAAUUUACAUAAUCCAGCUUACACACUUAAUUCAGAGUGUUUUUACUGCUCAACAGGAUGGCAGUAUUUUUAGGAGUACAAACUAUGUAAAAAAGAGGGUAGUUGAGUAGACCUGAGUGCUAACAAUGCCGACAAGGAAUAACAAAUUAUAUACGUGAUUUUAUUUAAAUUCAUGAUUUUAAACAAUCAAUACUUUUAAAGUAAGCUAGA